AUGACGGGUGGUGAUUGGGCCAUGACCGUCAAUAUUGAACGCGGUGCUGCAAGGAUUAGUAUCCACGACUCCGGCUCCCCGACACGUGUAGCCCGGGAGAGAACCCCAACGCGACACCAGAUGACUUUGCGAUCUCAUUCCGGACAGGAUUCGUCUCCAUUCAGGUGGUUCCUGGCCGAUUCCCUGCGCCUUCUGCCUUCCUCCAUGAACGAAAACGAAAGCGAAGCAACCACUGAGAUUUUGAGCACAAGUCAAAUACAAGAAUGGUUCCCGGAGCCACCUAGUCCAGCGAGAGACCUUAAUGACCCACAAGGCCCUUUCCUAAGUCUUCCAACCACACCUGAACACAACGGGCCCAGAGUGUGGGCGUUUCAUAACCCGGUGGAACCGGAUUUUGCAAUCUGGGAAGAUCCGACAUAUCGCCCGUCUCCACUUCAACACACUCCCUUGGCAUAUCAUGAUGCUGGAGAAGAGAAAGAAAACAUCUUUGCCACUGUAUCAGACUACGACACCUCGGACGGGAGCGAGUCUGGAAGGGGUCGCAUCGACUGGACACGAGUCCAGGUUGGCCCACACGAUGUCUUUGGCUUGCCCAUCGAAUCUCCUUUCGGUCCUGCACUGGUCGAUAUGCCAGUAGGCCGGAAUGCUGGCGAUAGCUUCAGCCGUGCCCAUCCCAUUGUCACCGAGAGAACUGUUAGAUCUCAAAUGCGAGUGAUGAUGCACGAUGAAGACGAACAGGAUGAGUGGGAUGAUUCCCUGGCAACGACCCAAAUUCGAGAGCUCCAGGAGCUGAGAAAUGUCUUCAUGGGAGGUGCCGAAGACAGAUACAUUUACGGCCGUCAAUUUCCUGUGCUGAAUGCUCAAGGUCAGAAUAAUGUCUUUUUUGAACCGCGACGUAUCACCGAGUACCAGGAUCACCGAGACCGCCACCACCAGCCCAUGGAGGAGGACUAG